AUGGGUGGUUAUUUGGGUGAGAUCAAAAGAUCACCUUCCUUUUGGUAGUUCCUGAUAAAGCAGCAAGAUCUUACUGAAGCCUUCAAUACAGCAAUGUAUACCAGAGUUUAAGAAAAAUAUUCUAAGUAUUCAGGCAAAGACAUUCUCUAGGACUGAGUCAUCAGAGCGAAGUAUUCAAAACACAAGAGGAUGCAAUAGCUUGAAAGGGCAAGAUGGGAGUGAAUCAGUAUUUGUGAUAGCACUGGCAUAUGUGAAAGUGGGCUGGGUUCAACCAGAACCAGGACCAAUAAGAACUACUGCUGUGUUUCUAGGUUCAAACACUAGGCAUGCAGUGGCCUGUUUGAGCAGAUCUCAGCUUUGACGAGCUGGGGAAUACUUCGUAUCCUUGUAAGGUGGGAAGCUGAGCUCUUGUUCUGGUCAAUCUUUAAUAUUUACUUUUUCAUCAGUUUGAGGAAUAUAUUAUUAUACACAACAGAGGUUUUCAGCCUUUUUGAGUCCACGGCUCCCUUGACCAAAUCCAUUCUUCCUGCGGCACCCCUGUGAGGCUCAGGAGCCCAGUUAUGCCACCCAUUGCCUGCAAAGCUGGCAGCUUAUCACCCCUUUUCGAACACCCUCUCUUGGCAGCCUGGCAGUCUCCUCUCCUUGGGAGUCCUCUGGGCAGCCGCUUCUGGUCUCUGAGCUGUCCCUCCUGCCCCAAAGAGAGAUGCCUCCUCACACUGCCUCACAGGGGCCUGGGAAGAGGAUGCCCCCAGCCUUAGUGGCCCAAUGAAGACCAGCCAAAGGUGAACGUGAGGCCAGCACCUUACCUGGGGAGGCAGCAGCGGGCGCUGUCAGGCCUGCAUGGUGGAAAGGCUCCCUUUCAGCACUGGGCACUCAGCUCCCAGGCAGGGUUCACAAGGCCAAUGUGGCACCUUUCUGCCUGGCCUCCCUCUUGUCUGUCCAUUCCCGACAGCAAGGGCUGGUGGACUGGCUGGGCUCCCUCGCCCACUUGCUUACUCUGAGGCUGUUUCAGCUCCUGGCAACCAGCACCCCCUGGCCAGCCCCAAAGGGACGAUUUGCUUGGGGAGCUUGUAGCCAGGGCUGCUGCAACAAACAGCUGUGCAAGCCUUUGGGAGGCUGAGAUGGGAGAGGGCAUCCGAGGGAAGGGAAGAGGAACAGAGGCCAGUACUGCCAGCGGCACUCCUGACCACCAUUCAAGGCACCCCAGGCCUUAGAACAGGGGUUUUCUACCAGUGUGUCGUGACCAGGGUGUCUUGCCCAUAGAGGCAAGUGGUGUGGAACGCCGGGGCGCCAAGUUCUGGAGGGUGCCAGGGAAGAGGCGGAGUGCCACACCCAGAGCCUCUGCCUGCCGUGGCCACAGCUAUGCUUAAGACGGCCCUGGCCGUGACACCCUGGGGUGCCUUGAAUGGUGGUCUGUCUCAGCGGCAAGUGCUUCUUAUUAGGUAGUCAUGGUGGGGGAAUCACAGCAGUUUCACCCUGGAAACUAGCUAUUAGUAUUGGAUAUAAACUCUAAGCAAUUGUGUGUGGGUUUUUUUAAUAUAUUUUUUAAAAAACACCUUUUAAUUCUGUGAUCUGAAACAUACUUGCUAUGCAGUAUGUACACUUCCCUGGGAAUAAGACCCAUUGCAUUUGUAUUUAUUUUAUUCUCCUUGGUUUCCCCCAGACCCUUGGUCAUCUUGGUAGCCCGCCUCUGCACACAUUCCAGCUUGUCAGCAUCCUUCCUAAAUUCGGAUCGAGGGAGGUAAUAGUACCACUCUCUUUUGCCUUGGUCAGACCACACCUGAAAUACUGUGUCCGGUUCUGGGCACCACAAUUUAGGAAGGAUGCUGACAAAUACAAGUAUGUGAAGCGUAGGAGCCAACUCUUAGGGGCAGUGCCAGAUUUACGUACUGUAUAAGCUAAACAAGUUUAUAGCUUAGGGCCCCCCUCUUUUGAGGCCCCCCCAAAAAAUUAAAGGAAAAAACUGGAUGUACAUUUCCAAAAUAUAGGAUAAAAGACAAAUAAAAUAAAACCUACAAUUAUUAUUUCAUGUUAUAGCAAGUUUCUAGAAACUAGAUUUUGAGUCUUUGUAAACUGUGUUUCCAAAGGAACUUUUGUUAUUGCCAAUGUGUUUGCGUUAAGUUUGUUAUGAAUAAAAAAAUCAUUUUAAGUUAGAGCUUAAUAAUUAUUUCACUACUAAUAUAUUUCUUCAUUGUAUUUCACUAUUAAUAAACUUCUUCUUAAUUGUAUUUCAGUUCAACAAUUGGAUAAAAUAUAUAUUUUGUUAUGUGCAAAUGGCUUUAGAUACCUAUUAGGUCCAUAAAUGACCAUAUAGCAUAUAUUCAACACAAUAAAACAGCGACAAUUUGUUGUUGACAAAGGACAGCUGGACAUUUAAGGGUCCCAUUAUCUUCAGUAGCUUAGGGCCUCAUCAAACCUAAAUCCGGCCCUGUCUAGGGACUGAGGUCCCUUCGGGUGCGGGUCCCCCCCCAAAAAAGUUGAUUGGCAUUGCCGUUCCAAUAGUGCGCGAGCGCGCGCUGCGUCUUGCGAUCGAUUAUGCCGGGCGGGGUUUACCUGCCCCCCCCCGCACUAUUUUACUCAAGUUUAUUCCAUAAUUGUGAAGCAUAACUAGGAGGUGCCCCCCCCGGCGGAGGGACAUUCCAGGCCCCUUUCCGCGGCUCCGCGCCUUCCUAUCGCGCCCAGGAGCGCAGCGCACACUGCGCGCGCCGGGGAGUCGCCAGCGUGUUUGCCGCUUCGGACGGGCCCGGCGAGGUCUGGAGGAGAGCAGUCGCCCGGGUUCAGCAGGUGGCGAGGUCGGAAGCCGAGGCGCGCCCGGGGAAGCCCCUCCCCGGCUGCAGGUAGCCGCGGGGAGGAGGCAGCAGGCGCGGCUCGACGGCGAGCAGGAACGACGAGCGCGGCGCCCGGGCCUCGCGUGGAGUCGCUGCGCGGUCGUAAUCGCUUCCAAGAGAGCUCGGCGGGAACCGGGAAGCCGCCGCCGGGCUCCCUCGGGGCGGGGAGUUCCGCGGUCCCCACCUUUGAAAAGGUGGGGCUUGCCUGGGAGCCGCGCUCCUUCGGUGGCGCCCUACUCCUCCUCGCCGCCGGCCUCACCCACCCGAAGGAGGAAAGGUGAGUCUCUGGGUUUCUUUUUGUUUAGUGAAGGGUCGGAGGUUUAGGCUUCUGGGCCGCCUGUCCUUUUCCAGGCGCACAAAACGGAGCUGGCUCUCUGCUACCAUAGAUGGGCUUCGGCGGAGCUGCGCGCGGGCGGCCGCGUUUCCUUUCCCACCGAGCGCGCCGUUUCCUGGUCUCCGGACUUGGGAGGGGAACUUCGCGGCUCCACUCGCCGCCGUGCAGUGCCGGAUUUACGUAUAAAUUAAGCUAUGGCUUAGGGCCCCACUCUCUUGGCCCCCCCCCAAAAAAAAUUAAAGAAAAAAACCCCUGUAUGUACAUUUCCAAAAUAUAAGAUAAAAACAAAUAAAACAAAUAAAAUAAAACCUACAUACAGCAACAGUGUUUUAAUAUACUUCUUAAUUGUAUUUCAGUUCAACAAUUGCUUUGAUAAAAUAUAUAUUUUGUUCUGUGCAGAUGGCUUUAGGGUUAGGGUCCAUAAAUUACCAUAAAUUACUAUUAGGUCCAUAAAUUACCAUAUAGCAUAUACUCAACACAAAAAACAGCGACAAUUUGUUGUUGACAAAGGACAGCUGGACAUAUAAAGGGCCCCAUUCAGUACCUUCAGUAGCUUAGGGCCUCAUCAAACCUAAAUCCGGCCCUGCCGCCGUGAGGUUUCCGUGUGCCAAAUUCCAGCUUAGUUUUUGGUCAGAGUUGUGGAGCAGUAUCCUUACCUGAUAUUGCAAGGUGGGCGUGUUUGUGUGUGUAUGUGUGUCCCUCUGUCCCAUCCCCCCCAACACAACACCAAGCCGAACUCCACACACAAAGUUAUCACCACGCAAGAGCUGCGCAACUUUUGCAGGUUGAAGGGAGUUGGACAACAUUCAGAAACUGCUAGUAAUGAUAUGGCCCCGAGUUCGCCCCAUGGCAUAGUUGAGUAGAGUGGAUUUUAAAUUGGCAUCCCACUUUCUCAGUAACAAACGCUGAGCUCAAAAGUGGCACACAGGAAUCUGAGAAUUGUAGAGCUGGAAGAACACUGCAAACACUGUAAUAUCAAACACAGUAGGUAAAGGUAAAAGGUAAAGGACCCCUGGAUGGUUAAGUCUUGUCAAAGGUGAGUAGGGGGUUUGUGGUGCUCAUCUCGCUUUCAGGCCGAGGGAGCUGGCGUUUAUCCGCAGAUAGUUUUCCGGGUCACGUGGCCAGCAUGACUAAACUGCUUCUGGCACAGCGGAACACCGUGAUGGAAGCCAGAGCGCACGGAAACACCAUUUACCUUCCUGCCACAGUGGUACCUAUUUACCUACUUGCAUUGGUGUGCUUUCAAACUGCUAGGUUGGCAGGAGCUGGGACAGAGCAACGGGAGCUCACUCCGUCGCAGGGAUUCAGACCGCCAGCCUUCCAAUCGGCAAGCCCAAGAGGCUCAGUGGUUUAGACCACAGUGCCACCCACAUAUGUAAAGCAAACAACAACAACAACAACAUCCCAUUCAUCAACACAAUCCAUACAAUUCACUAAAGUCAUAAUAACUCACAGUAUUGCCAGGAUACUUCCUAAUCACGUGGAACCUUCCCCAUAACUACAAAAAAUGAACUGGCUGUUGGUUAUAAAAUGCAUUCUCUGUACAUGAAUUAUAGACACUUACACAGACCUAGAGAUGUAAAAAAACAUUUCGGGAGGGGUAGGCAAGUUCAUUGAAUCAGUGGUGGCUGGUCAGCUUCCAAUGGCAGUUCCCUCACUGCGAGGUGAGGUUACAGGGAAACAGGCAGAGGGCCUUCUCAGUAGUGGCACCCACCCUGUGGAACACCCUCCCAUCAGAUAUCAAGGAAAUAAACAACUAUCUGACUUUUAGAAGACAUCUGAAGGCAGCCCUGUUUAGGGGAGUUUUUAAGGUGUGAUCUUUUAUCAUGUUUUUAAUAUUCGGUUGGGCGCCGCCCAGAGUGGCUGGGGAAACACAACCAGAUGGGCAGGGUAUAAAUAAAUUAUUAUUAUUAUGAAGAAAUAAUAAUCGAGUGAGUGCCUUUCCCUCAUCUGCAAGAAAUCCCAACCAGUUGAGUCUGGGACCUGAGGCCUUUCUAGGUCUGAGAGUGUGAUUUGCAGACAGACUGUUAGUCUUUGGUGACUCCUUCCCUUCUAGGAAUCAAAGGCAUGACUCUGGUCUGACUGGAGUGGCUCUCAGUUUUUAAGAGGAAGCUGAGAGCUAAAGCUGAACAAGAUCCUCAUCCUCCUGGGAAAAAGUGACAAGUGAGGUGCGGCAGGGUUCUGUCCUGGGCCCAUGGUUGGUCAAUGUCUUUAUGCAUGACUUGGAGGAGGGCGAUCAGAAUGAUCAAGGGUGUGGAAACAAGCCUUAUGAGGAACGGUUGAGGAAGUUAGGUAUGUUUAGCCUGAAGAAGAUGAGACUGAGAGGAGAUAUGACAGCCGUCUUCAAAUAUCUAAAGGGAAGAAGAGGGAACAAGCUUGUUUUCUCCUGCCCUGGAGGGUAGGAGACAAACUAAUGGCCUCAAGUUACAAGAAAGGAGAUUCUGACUAAACAUCAGGAAGAACUUUCUGACGGAAAGAGCUGUUCAACAGUGGAACAGACUCAUCCGGGAGUCGGAAGGUUGUGGACUCCCCUUCAUUGGAGGUUGAAUGGCCAUCUGUCGUGAAUGCUUGAGUUGAGCUUCCUGCAUUGCAGGGGGUUGGACUAGAUGUCCCUCGGAGUCCCUUUCAACUCUGCAGUUCUAUGAUUCCAAGGAAGAAUAUUUGUGGCCAGUGGGUAAAGGUAAAGGGACCCCUGACCAUUAGGUCCAGUCACAGACGACUCUGGGGUUGCAGCGCUCCUUUACAGCUUCCAGGUCAUGUGGCCAGCAUGACAAAGCUGCUUCUGGCGAACCAGAGCAGCGCACAGAAAUGCCGUUUACCUUCCCGCCGGAGUGGUACCUAUUUAUCUACUUGCACUUCAACGUGCUUUUGAAUUGCUAGGUGGGCAGGAGCUGGGACCGAGCAACGGGAGCUCACCCCGUCGCGGGGAUUUGAACCACCGACCUUCUGAACAGCAAGCCCUAGGCUCUGUGGUUUAACCCACAGCGCCACCCAUGUUAAUUUAUAUCAGUGAAGUGGCACAGUUUGUGUCGGGAACCUUAUUCAGCUAGCCGCAAUCAGGGCCGUGACCGCAAUGAACCGUGGAACGACUGAGAUAAUAAAUAACGAAAUUGGGGAAGUGUCUUCUCUUUCGUGCUUCUGCCUUGUCAAGAAGAAGAAAUGACUCAUGGUGCUCUUAAGACGAUGACACCCCAAACCCUCCUGUUAUGAGGUGUGGGAACUUAGAAUCAUAGAAACCCAAGCUUUUUCAGGCCACCCUCCCCCACCUUGCUUCCAUAAACUCAUCUGCACGCAGUGCUCCUUAACAUAUAAAAACAAUAUUUAAGAAUGGAAGUUUGCACAACCCACUCAGGAAGAUAAUAACGCAGUAAAAUUCAAAACAGUGACAAUCAGUUGCGCAUUUAUUCAAAAUUCAAUUUAAACUACUUAGUUUGAUUAAUUCAGCAGUGUUAAUGAACUUGAUCCAGUGAUGCCAGCUUUUCAGAGGCUGAUGGGCAAAGACACCUCCAGGGGCCCCUGCCUCUCACUUGCCUCUUUGCCCCCCCCCGGAACACCCCCCCCCCACUUUGGGAACCACUGUUUUCGCCUCUGCAAGGCCCUCUAGUUGAGGUGGCUGUGGUUUGACGGUAUAAUUAGCUAUUUGCUAUUUAUGGUCAGGCCCCUGCCUUAAAAGGAUCCUCAUUUAAAUGCGACACUGGGAGGCUAGAAGGGAAAGGAAACUGAGGAAGAAUAUGCAGUUACAUAGGCUUCGUUACAAUGGGAGCUUUUGUCAAUCGGAAGAGCAGAGUAAAAUGCUUUAAAUUAAUAAAUGUGACAUUAGGGGGCUGUGCCAAAGGCUUCACAGAGAAAUUGUGCUUUGCGGAGGGAUUAGAAAGAAGGAAGAGAGGUGGACUUAUUGUGUAGGUGUUCUGGGAGGUAGUACUAGGCAUAGAGGGCAGCGUCUUUUGAGGCAGCAAGGGGACCUUGGAGAGCUGAGAGUGGGCAAGCAAAGGUCAGGGAUGUAUCUGGACGUUUCAUUGAUCCAUUCAUUGAUUCAUUCAUUCAGAAGGGCUCCCAGAGGAACUUACACACACACACAACAGAGCACCUGAGGUUAUAGGAAGGAUGGCUCUCUUUUCCUUGUCUUCAGGAUAGAUUCUUUAAGAGUUGGAAUGGACCCCAAGGGUCAUUUAGUCCAACCCCCUGCAAUGCAGGGAUCAAACUGCAGGGCUGGCUUGGUAUGGUUGGAUCUCCCUCUGGGGGUCCGCGUGAAGCUGUAAGCACUGCUGUGGCUAUUUUCAGUGUCUGGUGAUCUGGGGUGCUACUCUGGGGCACUCAGUAAAAGGUAAAGGGACCCCUGACCAUUAGGUCCAGUCGUGGCCAACUCUGGGGUUGCGGCGCUCAUCUCACUUUAUUGGCCGAGGGAGCCGGCAGACAGCUUCCUGGGUCAUGUGGCCAGCAUGACUAAGCCGCUUCUGGCGAACCGGAGCAGUGCACGGAAACGCCAUUUACCUUCCCGCCAGAGCGGUACCUAUUUAUCUACUUGCACUUUGAUGUGUUUUCAAACUGCUAAGUUGGCAGGAGCAGGGACUGAGCAACAGGAGCUUACCCCAUUGCGGAGAUUCAAACCACCGACCUUCUGAUCGGCAAGUCCUAGGCUCUGUGGUUUAACCCACAGCGCCACCCGCGUCCUGGGGCACUCAGUAACCUUCUCUUUUGAAGACACGGAAGAUUUCAGUUGGGGGGUGUAUUGGUGAGAGAGAGAGUGAGUUAGGGAGUUCUGGGUGUAUUCAAACAGGUUUUGUUGUGGUUAUGUAUCAGCUGUGCCUGAUGUGGAAAUAUACAGGAUGGUAGAUUUUAAGUGCUCUCCAGGAAAAAGCACACCUGGCCUGAUACUGUCUGUCUGUCUGUCUGUCUGUCUGUGCCUCUGGCCAUCCUCCCUAGAUCAAGCUGCUUUUGCAAGGAUUUCCAAAGCUGUUGCUUGUGUGGGUCCUGUGCUGGGAACAAUGCGUGAAAAGCUUGAGAGGGGGAAGGGGAAGCACCUACUGGACGGAGCAUUUCCUCUCUAUUGUGUGGCUCACCCUGGCCUCUCUUUCUGUGUUGAUUCUGACCAGCUGGUGGAGCUGACUGUUGAGCCCAUUAGCUUGGCAGUGGCAAAGUUGGCCGUGCAUGUGCACAUGGUGGUGUGUGUACAUGUGAGGAGGGGGUCGUGAUUUGGGAUUCCUUUAUUCACAUCUGUCUGUUAGCGACAGACUCCUGGAUAACUUUAUUCUGAGACUGGGGCAAGGUAGGCAAGCUAGAUGUACCAUUCCCCCUUCCGCAUCUAGUCUCUUGCAUUUUGGUUUGUAAGGAGGCAUCCCUUCCAAUCAGGGCGCAGGGCCAUUUAAUUCAGUUGUUCUCUCCCUAGCAUUCCAGGUUGAUGCCUCAGGCUUGCUUGUGAGUUUAUUUUGGCUGGAGCCAUUCCUGCUGAAUCAAAUUAGACUGAAAGAGUCGAUUCUGCCACCUUCACCAUGUCUGUUGAAGCAAAAGAACCAUUCCUAGUAUCUGCUGCAAGCCUCCUAUGUUUUUUCCUCAUUCUCUUUUUUUUUAUAUACAUUUUUAUUAGGUUUUUUUUAAACAUAUCAUUUCCAAUAAUCAUUUAACAUAACUUCUUAUCUUCCACAAUAUUUUAGACUUCCAUCAACAACCUCUGAAGAUUUUCUGUUCUUUAUCACUUGUUUUGCAUUUUUUAAAUUCUCUAUUACUUUUAAUUAUCAUUGACUAAUAAUUCUCUUCAUAGUCUUCCUUGCAAUAUUUCACAUAGUCCUUCUUACAGAACUUCUUGCAGUCCUGCUAGCGUAAUCUGUUUAUUACAAUUACUUUUCAGAUAGUUCAAAUAUUUACUCCAGUCUUCUAAGAAUCUCUGGUCCCGUAGGUUUCGAAUCCUUCCUGUUAAUUUAUCUAAUUCUGCAUAGUACAUUAAUUUCAUUUGCCAUUCUUCUUUUGUUGGUAAUUCUUAUUGCUUCCAUUUUCCUCAUUUUCUUUACUCCACUUACUGAAGUCUUCCUUGCAUGAGGUGAAAUUGUACCGAUCCUCUGGAAUUUCUUUUUUAUUAUUAUCUUCUUUUAAACCAGUGUGUUAAUCUCUCUCUCUCUCUCUCUCUCUCUCUCUCUCUCCCCCCCCCCCCCCCCGAGGUGGAUGAGUUCAGAGGGGACUUCUGGUUGUAUGUGACACACUUUUGUGACAUCGGUUUCCUCUCCCUCAUUGAGUUUGUAACCUCAAUCUUGUCAUCACCUUUCCUGCCCCUUUAAAAGGAAGUGUUUUUUUAUGCAGGCUGUAG